AUGGCCGGCCUGUGCGGGACCCGUGGCUCGCUGUCGGCGCACACGCUGCUGUUCGACCUGCCGCCCACGCUGCUGGGCCAGCUGUGCGCGAUCCUGGACAGCUGUGACGGUCCGCUGGGCUGGCGAGGCCUCGCGGAGCGGCUUUCAAGCAGCUGGCUGGAUGUUCGCCAUAUUGAGAAAUACGUUGACCAAGGCAAAAGUGGAUCAAGGGAAUUGCUGUGGUCCUGGGCGCAGAAAAACAAGACCAUUGGCGACCUUUUACAGAUUCUCCAGGAGAUGGGGCAUCAACGAGCUAUCCAUUUAAUCACCAGCUACGGAGCAAGCUCAAAUCCUUCAGUGCAUCGUCAUCAGGAGCUCCGAUUUCCCAACCUAACGCCCAACAUUGAGCAUGCGCGCAGAGAAAACGACCCUGGACCUCUGGAACCAACCAAUGUCUCAGCAGAUAAUGUUCUUGUUCCUGAACAUAAUGAAAAAGGAAUACUGCAUAAGCCCUCUGUCAGCUUCCAAAAUAUCAUAGAAGGGACCAAACAUUUCCACAAAGACUUCCUAAUUGGAGAAGGGGAAAUAUUUGAAGUAUACAAAGUGGAGAUUCAGAAUCAAACAUACGUGGUUAAAUUAUUUAAACAGGAGAAAAAAAUGCAGUUUAAGAAGCAUUGGAAGAGAUUUUUAUCAGAACUGGAUGUUUUACUCCUGUUCCGUCAUCCCCACAUACUAGAGUUGACUGCGUAUUUCACCGAGAUGGAGAAGCUUUGCCUGGUUCAUCCAUAUAUGAGCAACGGGACGCUUUUCGACAGACUACAGUGUACAGAUAACACAGCCCCACUUUCCUGGCACAUUCGAAUCGGUGUAUUAAUAGGAAUAGCCAAAGCCAUCCAAUAUUUGCACAACACUCAGCCGUGCUCAGUCAUCUGUGGCAAUAUUUCCAGUGCAAACAUACUUCUGGAUGAUCAGUUCCAACCCAGACUAACUGAUUUCGCCAUGGCACACUUCCGACCCCACCUAGAACAUCAGAAUUCUACCAUGAAUAUGACCGGCAGCGGCAGGAAACAUCUGUGGUACAUGCCAGAAGAAUACAUCCGACAGGGAAGACUUUCCAUCAAAACCGAUGUCUACAGCUUUGGAAUUGUGAUCAUGGAGGCUUUGACAGGCUGUAAAGUGGUGCUGGAUGAUCCUAAACAUGUGCAGCUGCGGGAUCUGCUCAUGGAACUGAUGGAGAAGAGAGGUCUCGAUGCAUGCCUCUCAUUUCUAGACAGGAAAAUACACCCCUGUCCUCGGAACUUCUCUGCCAAGCUCUUCUCUCUGGCCGGCCAGUGUGCGGCAACUCGAGCCAAGUUAAGACCAACAAUGGAUGAAGUCCUGAACGCUCUAGAGAGCACGCAGCCUAGCUUGUAUUUUGCGGAAGACCCUCCCACAUCCCUGAAGUCCUUCAGAUGCCCCUCUCCUUUGUUCAUGGAUAACGUUCCAAGUAUUCCAGUAGAAGAUGAUGAAAACCAGAACAACCACCCCGUGCCUCAAGAGAAAGCUUUGAGGACGGGUAGAGUGACUGAGAAAACCCCUUUUGAGUGCAGCCAGUCUGAGGUCACCUUUCUAGGCUUGGACAGACACCCAAGGAGCAAGAGAAGUGAAGCUGCUUGCAGUGUGCCCAGUUCUCCUUGUGAAGAAUGUUGGCCCCCAGAACUUGAAUCAGCAUCCCAGGACUUAAAGCCUACUGAGAUUACAUUGGGCUCCUCUUGGGAAGUGCCAGGCCAGUCUUGUGGGAGCAGCCCAAUGGAGAAGAGGUGCCCCUCUGGACUCUUCCACAGUGAGUAUGAACAGUCUCAAAAGCAGUGAAUUCACCAGAACAUAAAGAAAAAAAAAAGCAAAUGUCA